AUGAUUAAGAAAAUCAAAAAUUAUAAAGAAGCUAUAGAAAUGAUUGAGUACUCUCUAUAAAUCAAUCCAAAUCAUUUUGAUUCAUUAAAAACAAAAGGUCCACCCAAUUUUAUAUUUAUAGGGUAGUAUUUAUAAGAUCAGAAUCAAUUGGAAGAAGCCAUAAUAUUUUAUGACAAAGCUUUAACUAUUCAAUCGAAUCACUAAUUUAUUAAAAUUAAAAAAAGUAUUUUAUUUCUAAUAAUCAGAUUAAUGUUUAAAAGCCUUAGAAACUAAAAGAACAACAUAUAAAAUAACAUUAUAUUUUUAAAUGAGCUAUUGCACUUUUAUGUUCUUUUUUUCUAAUAAAUUUAUUAUUUUAUUAUAAACUUUAAAUUUAGAUAAUGUUCAAAAUCCCAAAAAACUCAAUGUAAUAUUUAACAAUUUAAGGUGCUAAAGAUUUUUAUAGACAAAUAAUAAUCAAAUAUCUUAGAAAAAUCAAGUAAGCCGAUCUACUUACUUUACCAAAUUUCUAAAAUUAAAUCAAAAGGCUAUAAUAAUACAAAUAGUAAUAUAUAUUAUAUAAUACUAUUAUCUUCUUUGUUCAGACAAGCAUUAUUGA